AUGGAACAACGAUGGCAAAGGCUGCUUUGGCUAAAACAGGAGUACCCGGAUAAUCACACAGAUCCAAACUUCUUGCGGGAAGUUUCCGAUCUACAAAAGAUCCAAAAUCACACCAGUAGUAGCUAUACAUCAUAUGGCCAGGUAGUGAUCGAUUUUCUUCUAUUCUACCACCGUGUGCUGAACACUGGUCUUAUGUACGUUACUUUCACGUUAUUGUACUACUACCGGUGUGAUCCCAUGUAUUUUACAGGCUCAUUGACGUGUUUGUCGUUUUUGGCUGCAACGCUCUUUCAUUAUGCUCGAAUGUCGUUGAAAUCACCGCUCAUCAUUAUCUUCAGCAUGCUGGUGCUGUCACCUGUUUUGAAAUCACUUUCCAGAACGUCGUCUUCAGAUUCCAUAUGGACCAUAUCAGGCUGGCUUACGCUUUUCUACGUGACCUCGGUCUCGGUGCGAUCGCAGUCUAUUGUCUCUACAAACCUUUUGGUCGCUAACGUGGCUGUUCUGGGGUCGCGUCUGAACUCGACGACGGAUGUAUUCUGUUUCCUUCUCAUUUGCAUUGAACUAAACGUUCUCCUGCCUUACUUCGAACGCUCGUUGUUGGAAAGACGGCUUUUCAUUAGUUAUGGUGCUGCUUUUGUUAUCAACAGCGCAGUAGUCUACUACUUCGUCACGCUGUGCCUGGGCUGGAUUUAUACCACUGUGUUCGCCUUCAGUUCUAUAAUGUUUGUCUUUGGUCUUCCGCGUUACUUCGUGUACUGGCAAGACCAUUAUUGUCAGAAUGACCCGCUGCUGUCAAGAUGGGAUGCGAAGCGGCCUGUUUUGGACUAA